AUGCACUUGCCAUCAUCGACACUGGCAUGGGGCCUUUUGGCUGGCGCAGCACAUGCUCAAACACUGAUAAAUGAGCUCAGCUUUGGGCACGAUGGCCGGAUAGCCCCGGAAAACUCCCGAACUAUCCCCAACUUUGAGCUCGAGGGCAAGCCUCAUAUACCCGAGAUUCUGUCGAACAAGCUCAUCCUCACUCCUGCUGCCCCGGCGCCUGGCGGCCAGCGUGGUGCCGUCUGGUCCGACCGGAAGCUCGACGUCCCCACCUGGAUAGCCGACGUCGACCUGCGCGUCAGCGGACCAGAGCGGGGAGGUGGCAACGUCAACAUCUGGUUGGUGAAGGACGGACAAUACGCAGUCGGAACGAGCAGCGUCUACACAGUCGGACGGUUCGAGGGCCUGGUGCUGGUACUGGACACAUCUGGCCCGACUGGCACCGGAGCCCUGCGUGGCUACCUUAACGACGGCACCAAGGAAUACAGAGCGCUCACCGGCAUCGAUGGCCUGGCGUUUGGUCACUGCGAAUACGCAUACCGCAAUUUGGGCCGGCCGUCGCAGAUCAAGAUCCGGCAGACGGAACGCUCCUUCCAGGUGGAUAUUGACGACAAGCCGUGCUUCGGCAGCGAUAGUAUCGUCAUUCCGAUGGGCUACCACUUUGGUAUCACGGCAGCUUCUGCCGACAACCCGGACUCGGCCGAGAUCUUUAAACUCGUUGUUCUGAAGACAGACUCCAACUCUCAGCAGCAGCAGCAGCAGCAGCAGCAAGGUGGUGCAGCUAGCAAGGGCAAGACAGAGGGCACCGAGGUGUCUGGAGGCACUAUAGGAGGGGAGGAGUCUUUUGGCGAGGAUAUCCCGGACGCAGAUCCCAGCGUGUACGCCAGCUCUGAUGCGCAGUUUGCCGAUCUACACAACCGGCUGCAGGACAUCAACCACCACUUGACGAUCAUGUUCCAUAAGAUGGCUACCACCGACGCUGUGGGCGAGCAUCGACACGAGGAGAUAUCCAUCCAGCUGGGCGCGCUCAAGGACUUGCUCUCGAGCAUGAACGCCAAGCUGGACCGCCUGGGAAUGAUCGAGGCCAAGGUGGAAAAGAUGGAGCGCGACAUGAAGCAGCUGAACGUCGAGCUGCGCAAAUCCAUGUCCAACACCGAAAAGUCACUCCUUACCCACGUGUCGGGCAAUCUGGCCGGCCACCACGAUAAGCUGGCCGAGGAGCUUCGGCACCCUGGCCACAUGCGCCUGAUCCUGGUCAUCAUCAGCGGCCAGAUCUUCCUUGUUGUCUCCUACUUCAUGUACAAGCGACACAAGGCGAACUCGCCUAAGAAGUACCUGUGA